UGGUCAUCAUAAAUGUCAAAAAUGGAGUGACAUUUCUCCUGCGUAAUUUGCCAAGUGAAAGUGUAAUGUUUUGACGAGUUAUUUUUCCGAAAAUUAAACGAAUUUUAUGUCUCAUUUGAGGAAAAUUCUUAGAAUGAACGAUGCCACUGUGGAGUAUGUGUACGAGGAUGAACAUGGGCAGCAAUUUACCGCACAUCAGCAGCCACAAGACCCGUUGGAAGGAGAUGGACACAAGGCUGAGGUGAUGAUAGUGGAGCAAAGCGAUCUUCAGAAUGAUGUUAAUGAAAGCAAUGCUCCUGAAGAAACUACUGAUCAUGCAGAUCCCGAAUGUCGUCGCAGAGACACGCAUCAUUGUUGGGGCGUCGAACAAUCCCUAAAACUAAUCGAAACUGUGAAAGAAUUCAAAGACCAACUAGGCAAAACAGGCAGCCGGAAAGAGACCUGGCAAAAAAUCACCAAAGCCGUCCGAACCAAAGGGGUGGACGUCAACGUUCAGGAAUGCCAGAACAAAUGGAAAAACCUAAUCCGCAGCUACAAGGAGUGCAUCAAGAUGAAAAACAGAAGCAACAUGCGGUUUCGGUACUUCAACGAAAUGUCCGACUAUUUCGGCGGAGAUACCUCCUUGCUCAACUUGGAACACGACUACAACAAGACCAAACUGACCCUGAUGCCUUUGUUGAGUCCCGGCAACGUUCCAGGGUCCAACACAGCCCCUCCGACGGUCACUUUCCCCCCUAUAUGCUUCACCGACCGGCAGUUCGUGGAGUACACGAAUAUGAAGAGGGAGGAGUACGCGGCUAGGCAGAAGCGACACGACGAGGAGAUGGCCAUCAGGCGGCAGGAGCUGGAGGUGCAGAAGAAGAAGUUGGAAGUGAUGAAAAAGGCGGCGAUGGCCAACGUGCCCUCGAACAAGAACGUUAAUUUCGAUUUUCCUUGUCGUUGGCCAGACGAGGCUACUUCGUUACUAAUUUCGAUCAUACGCAGACGAAAAUACGAAAUAGCCGACAAAGAUCAAACGAAAAAACCCGCCUUGUGGAAUGAGAUAAUGGCGGAAAUGAAUGAGAACGGAUUUCCCAUCACAGUUAAGGAAAUUAAAUCAAAAUGGCGAAACCUUAUCCGAUCCUACAACUUAAGAUGUAAGAAUCAGAGACAGAAAGGCUUUAAAUUUAAGUUCUUCGGCGAAAUCCAGGAGUUUUUCAGAGAAACGGAAUCCCUAGGUAUCGACCCGGUAGUUUUCGAAGUUUACGCAAUUGAAUAGUUUAUUAUGUUCAUAUUUAUAUAUAUUUUAAAUAGUUAUUUAUAUAGAUACAAUGCAGUUGAUUGGCGAGAAAUAAAUUGAUUAUCGUUUGCUUA